AAACAAGGCCACACAAACGCUGUACCACUGGAAACCGAGUCCUGCGUUCUCGUUGCAGCCAGUUACCGCGUGCAAUUCAACGAGACCUGAAGGUUGUCCCCGACGAACAUCUAGACCGGUAAAUGGUACAGUCCGACAACGGAUGUUAUUCUUGAAUAUCUGCUGGAACCUUAGAUCGUCCCAGGACCACUCCUCCAGGUCACAAGCGUCGCUGCAUGCAUGGCAUCAAUGUCUGGUCCUCUGACAUCCCCAUCUACACACUCGCAUCCUCUCCUUACCGACCAUGGCUCGACAAGACGCUCAAGACAGUCUGCUAGUACUCCCGAAACUCACACACGAUCUUCGAGCAACUACUUCACGCUUAAGGCACAACUAGACAAGUCUGCUGAAGAGUCGGUAAGAGGUACACAUGCAAACUGGGACGGUAGCGUUCGGGGUUAUGGCGACAAGAACCGGAGGAAGUCCAUGUUUGACGCGGAUACGCCAGUCAUACUAGUCGAAUCCGCAACAGACGACUCGAUCGUAAAUAACGUCUCGUCUUUGCCUUCAAAUGCCACGAACAAACUAUUGAGUACAAGAUGGCAUGACUAUCCCAAUGAGGCCAUUGACUCUGCGCUGUCUGCGCUCAAUACAUUGGACGCUAGUUUCUCCGACCAUCCGUUACACGAUGCUAUCCGGGCGUUAUCCGCUGCUGUGCAUAAACUAUCUUCAGUGCGAGCCGAGUUAGAAGAAAGUCGGAAAGCCUUGCUCCAGAAAGAAGCAGACCGACGAGCACGAGCGGACGAGCUCAUGAGAGAGCUCCAGCCUUCAGAUCGUGUCUUAGCGCGACGAGUCAUCCAAUCUCUCUUUCCAGACGAUGACGAAGACAGUCAUGCCGUACGUCGAAAGUCAAGCAACAGAUCUCUCACCGAAUCUUUAUCGGACGCACUCGAGGAUAUAUUGCCUGUCUCAAGAAGUGCAUCCGAAGGACCGUUGAUGUCAGCUGAAGAAACACCAGUCCUCGACGAGAGAAGCCGAAGUUCUACCCCCGUCUCUCACGGAGCAGGUCGCGAGGAGUCAACUUCAAGGGUCAUCACUUCUGAGUCCACCUCGCCCGUUGAUUCGCCCGAGGCCAAAGAAGAGGUCCCACCGGUCUCUCCUAACUCGGGCCGUGCGAGCGUCGGCGAAUGGAUGGGAACACUGUGGGGCAAGAGGGCUAAGGGUCACUCCACGGCCUCCACUUCGUCUUUGCCUUCCGUCGAGAGCAUCCUAGACGCUUCCAAGACUGCUACCGACUAUGAGUCGGUACGCUCAUCUGAUUCCGAGUCGAUUGCUUCGGCUUCGACCAAUCCGGAGAGAAAGCGACGAGUCCGUGGUACGACCAAGAGUGUCUUUGCUACAUUGGGGCUCUCGAUGCUCAAUCCGACCAUACCCUCUUCUACCCGGAAACGGCGCACUGAUUCUCGAGCAGUCUCUCAAGAAGCGGUCCGUGUUGUUAUUGCCAGCGGCGAACUGCCCUCCGAAGGUCACUUGGCGGCGGAACCAGUAUCCUCCGAGUCUCCCGUCGUCGCUGGUAAUGCACGGUCUACUUCUGCGGAGUCGCCUGCAGAACCGGAAUGGACCCCGAAACAAGGCUCGGCGAUUCGAGCGAUCGUCAAUGCUACUCGUGUCAUGACAAGCGACCCUGCAAGUAUUCUCGCAGACCAAGGAAGAGAUACUGGCCUUCUGGUUGGAAAGCUCGCUCUCGAGUUAGUUCGCAAUGCCCGUGACCAGCGACUGGACAUCUGUGAACCCGCUAAGCCUAAGAACCAGCGCACGACGAGCCGCAGAAAUACUACCUUGUCCCUGUUGAAACCAGAGUCAGAGGACGUUCCCGAUCUUCUGUUGACCGACCAGCGUUCUCCUGCGACUGUCAAAGCUAGAGAUUUGGACACUCGAUCAUUUCUGGGCUCCGUCGACUUCUCUGCUCUGGCCUCGCCGGUCUUCGGUUCAUUCCUCUCUGACCAGCGCAGACAUACUACGGCUGCUAAUGAGACUCGGAAAGCCACUGAUAGCGAUACUCCUAUACCUGCACAGACUGCGGCAAAACCAAAGCCAGGUUCGGUCGCUCUUGAGUCCAUCAUCCCUGCCAACGCACAACCUCCUACACAUCAUUUUGCCCGCACUUACACGCCUCUUACUGCUAAGGACUUCCGUUUCACCCUGCCGAUGUCUGAUGUACCGUCGAUUUCUUCGCUUGGCGAUGAACCCAAAGAGGCAUUCACGGACCGUUUCGGCUUCAUCUACGACGUGUCUCUCUACGACUUCCUUCUCCUCCUGCGCGCCAAAGCUGUUGAGAACGUUGCACCAGCAUGUCUCACGGGCAUCAAGAUAGCAGACCGUCGCGAAGAUAAUGUAUGGCCCGAAGAAGACGAAGAGGAAGAUUCUUCACGAAACGCGAUAGAGAUCAUCACAAGCUAUUGCGAGUGCGAGAGCAUCGACUCAGUCGAUGGUAUCAGUGUUCACUCGACCGGGACAAGGCUGUCGUUUCGCGAUAUACCCUCGUCCGACACUACCUCGCUUCGCUCUCGAGAUACCUCACCAUCAUCAGGCCGUGGGCGACCGCGUUCGACCACACUUCGCCCGAGCGCACCCAAGUUGCAAUCAAAGUCCAGUGUCUCGAUCCUCACUAUCACCUCCGACACGCCGCGACACGUUUGUCCUACGACCGUCAAGCGGCUCUUGUCUGACCUUGAGGUGAUCCAUAAUUGUCGGCAAGUGUCCCUACGCAAGGAGUGGGACACGUUUGUCAACCAGCGCUCGAAGUCUUCAAAAUCUGUCUCUGGGGCCGCGCACAGGCCGUCAGGGAAUGCGGCAAACGCUGCUUCUAUCCUUGGUCUCAGGGCCUCUCUCGACGAAGAGGAGCUGAUGCAUACUGAUGGGCUGAUCGGCUUUGCACAGCUGGGUUUCUCUGCGAACAGCAACGAGCGGAAAGAAUUCGAUAGGCUUGUCCGAGCUGGGAUCCCGCUGGCGUAUCGGUCAAAAGUCUGGUUUGAGAGUAGUGGAGCCCUUGACAUGAGGGAGCCCGGGCUGUUUCACGAUCUCCUUGCGAACGUGGAUGAAACAAGCAGUGUGGUCAAGGAGAUCGAGAAGGACGUAGGACGGACGAUGCCCUUGAAUGUCUUUUUUGGCCGCACAGGCGCAGGGGUCGACAAGCUGCGCAGAGUGCUGAGAGCAUACAGCCAGCGCAACCCCGAUAUUGGUUACUGUCAGGGAAUGAACCUUGUCACGUCGACACUUCUGCUAGUGUAUGCAGACGAGGAAGAGGCGUUCUGGGUGCUGUGCGCCAUUAUCGAGAAACUGCUGCCGGAAGACUUCUUCUCCCACUCGUUGCUAAGCUCACGCGCGUGUCCCCUGGUCCUGCUUGAAUAUGUCAAAGAGCAGCUUCCAAAGUUUCACAACCAUCUCAACAAGCUUGGUGUUGACAUCGGCGCAGUGUGUUUCUCCUGGUUCCUUUCCCUUUUUACGGAUUGUCUACCCAUCGAGACACUGUUUCGAGUAUGGGACGCCUUCAUGGUUGACGGAUUAGACGUUCUCUUCCGUGUGGCGCUCGCAGUGCUGCGCAGAAACGAGCAAGAGCUACUCCGAUGUGAAUCAAUCCCUGCCGUCUACGUCGCGUUAGAGAGCUUGCCUAACCGCAUGUGGCGGCCCGACAAGUUGAUGAAGACCGAAGUAGAGCUACGUCACACCCUGGUUCAUACAGAUAUUGUCAAACGUCGUGCGGCCCACAUCGCUAUUCUGAAGAAAUGUCUGUGAACCGUCCCUCUAGCAUAUGCUGCCUCUCUUAAUGUGUCGCGUGUUCGAGCAUCGCAUCUAGAGCUGUCUCAUAUCCACUCAUGUCAUUACUUACAUUGCACACACGCAACUAUUCGAUAUCAUGAGCUG